UUCGCACAAGAUGGCCACUGUUGACGAGCUCAGCGACUGCCUGCGGAUUCACGUGUUCCGCUCAACGAAGAAGCAAGUACCGAUCGUAAUCAAGGAGGGCUCUGAAAAGGCGAGCAACUCUGGGACAGAGUCGCGGCGGAAGCAAGGGGCUGAGUUCUGGGCAGACUUUCGCGAAGCAGCCAUUGCUGUCAGCGGCGACGAAGAGAUUACAACACAAACGUUAGUCCUGGAGGAAUUGGAAGAACGAUAUAAAGCGUUGCUUGCCGAGACAGAUCAUCUGAAGCGCAAAGUCAAAGCCCGCAGUUCAGAGGUGUACUUCGAUUCACGGAUCCAUGAACUUCAGGAAGAGAGCGAGCGAGCGUGGGAAGCGCAAAUGGAAGCCGGGAAAAAGACGUUGGAGCGUUUAGAGGUCCAGUUGGCGGCGGUGCAGCAAGAAGUUGAUGCGUUGGAUUCCGCAUUGCUGCAGGCGCAUGCCCCAGACCGCGCGACAAUUCUCGGGUACAACUUAGAGCUAGGGAAAGUGCUUCAGCUUCGGGUGGAAGAAAAGAAAGACGUUUUGGCGGCACUGGACAAUUCCAAGCGAAAACUAACCGACCGACGCAAUUCGCAAUCUCUCGUCGCCACUGAAGUACCGUCAGAAAGGUUACAAGAGCUCAAAGCUAAACGCAGUCGGCUUCGAGAAUCCAUCAUAUCAUUGACCCCAUCGGGUGCCAACCGUGACGCUGAGGCCAACGAAGAAGGAGCAAUUGCGCUGUCCAAGCGUCUAAAACAAGCACAAGAGACACUGAGUGCGCGUGAGGCCAAGGCGGCAAGGAUCAAGUCACAAAUGCGAAAGCUCGUGCAAGUGCAGGCGUCCGAUAGAAAUGUUGCCGCAGUGCUCUUGCAACUCCUGUUUGACCAUGGCGGCGAGUGGACAAAAAAGGAGCUCCAGUCCGAAGUAGCCACUCAAGCUCAAGUGGACGAAAGCAUUGUUAUUCGAGCACUGUACUCCCUUGUCGCCAGUGGACUGGUGCACCUGGAUCGGUCCAGCGCUCAAGGCCUUGUCACGUCGCUAUUGAUUUAAUUCGAUGUGUUUAGUUGAAUUGUAGCAUUCC